UUUUUUCUUUCAUGAAAGGGUUUGAGCAUCUUGAAAGGAGAGGAUAUUUAUAUAGCAAUAGACAACAAACAUUAGAUCACAUUACGAACGCUCUAUACCAAAGAACCUUACAAAACGAGUCAUACAGUCUAUGCCACUCAAGUACAAGCAGAGAACGAAAAAAAAAGAGAGGCAGCUAUAUCAUAGGAAUGUUGGAUUUCAAGGUCAACACCAUAAGAGAGUCAUUUUUGCAUAUGCGACGUAAGCCUUCUAAGCUCUAUGCGUUCAUUUACUCCUACACCCUCAGACAUUUAUCAAAAAAAGGGAUAGUGAUACUAGUUGAUGAAUACAGGACGUCAAAAGUUUGCAGCCAUUGCAAAAACGAUUUAGAGGAUAUUACUGUGCAUAGCUGUACAAGAUAUUGGUCUCGAUUUAAUUCUUUUUAGAAAAAAGAUGAUUAGACAGA